AUGCCUCCACCACCUCCAAGAAAAUCCGAGACUGGUGCUGCGAAUAAGGAAGAGAAUAUCUACAUUCCUUCAUUCAUUAGCAAAAAGCCCUUUUAUGCUGGUGAUGAAGAUGACGAUGGUGCCGAUUACUUAAAGCAUCAGCGUCGCGAAGAAAAGAAGGAAUCGUCAAAAUGGUACGACCGCGGCAAGAAGGCAGGCCCAGCUGCAACUAAGUAUCGCAAAGGCGCCUGCGAGAAUUGCGGUGCCAUGUCACACAAGGCGAAGGACUGUCUGAGUCGGCCGCGGGCGAAGGGAGCGAAGUGGACUGGCAAGGAUAUCCAGGCCGACGAGGUCCUCCAGAACGUCAACCUUGGUUGGGAUGCCAAACGAGACCGCUGGAACGGCUACGACGCCAAAGAGUACAAACAUGUGGUGGAGGACUAUAACGAAAUGGAAAAACUAAGAAAAAUGGCGCAAAAGGGCGCUGGCGUGGACGACGAGGAUGAUGACGGCGACAAAUACGCAGAGGAGAAUGACAUGAGCAAGCACCAGAGCACAGCCACGCGACAACUACGCAUACGAGAAGACACAGCGAAAUAUCUGUUAAAUUUGGAUCUUGAGUCUGCCAAGUACGACCCCAAGACACGAUCGCUGGUCGAUGGUGGCGCAACCGCCGAUCAGGCCGCCGAUUUAUUUGCUGAGGAAGGGUUCAUGAGGUCUUCGGGCGAUGCGGGUGAAUUCGAAAAGGCUCAGCGUCUUGCAUGGGAGGCCCAGGAGAAGUCUGGCAAUACCUCUCUGCAUAUGCAGGCCAAUCCCACUGCCGGAGCCUUCCUCCGUAAACAGGAGGCUGAAGCAGACGAGACGAAGCGGGCCGAGAGAGAAAAGCAGCUGCAAGACAAGUAUGGUGGCGGAGAGCAAAAGUCUAUGCCAAGCUCUCUACGCAACAUGAUGAUUACGGAAUCCGAAAGCUUUGUCGAAUACGACGAGGCCGGAUUAAUCAAGGGUGCACCCAAGAAGAAGGUUAAAUCCAAGUACAACGAGGACGUUUUGAUCAACAACCACACUUCAGUAUGGGGGAGCUGGUGGUCAAGUUUCAAAUGGGGUUAUGCUUGCUGUCACUCUUUCAUCAAGAACAGUUACUGCACUGGAGAAGAUGGCAAGUCAGCAUGGGAGGCUGCGGAGCGGCAACGGACUGGCGCCAGCCUCGGCAACGAUGCCGAAGAGCAGCCAGCAGAGGACAAGGAGCCUGACGGCAACUUCGAAGUGGAUGAAAAGCCCAAGAAAAGAACCAGGGAAGAAAUGAUGAACGGGGUUACAGAGAAAGAAAUGGACGAGUACCGCCGGAAGAGAACUGUGGCAGCAGAUCCCAUGGCAAAUUUUCUGGGUAAAGACGAGCUGUUAUAG